GUUUUUCUCUUUAUUUGCUGCCCUUUCUCUUUUCCUCACCUCUUCGGCUCUUCCCCCUCAAAAAAACCUACUUUCUGCCCCUUCCCUUUCAUUUUCUUUACUGACAGAGAAUGCCCCGCACACUUCCUCAUGAACGCACGCAUACUCAAAACCAGAAUCCACAGAGCCCCACUCCGUCAGCAUCCAUAUCUCAGCUGCCUCCUUUCUCUCUCAUAUCAUAUCUGAAGAAAGAAACAGAGCAGAACAGGACAGAGCACAGAAAACACAGAAUUUUUUUUUUCCAUCCAUAUCAUACCUUUAUGUAUAUAUAUUUUUUUGCCUUUUUCUCUGCCACUCAUUCAUCGAAUCCCUGUAGUAACCCCCACCCAUAUAAUACCCCAUCCACAGCCUCCCAUACCACCAAACAGCAAACUUGCAGUAACCCCAUUUCUCCCCCUUCUCUGCUUCCCCCCCCCGUUUCUUCUCUUCCUCUGCGCAACCCCACUCAUGAUCUUCGCAUUUUGGCGUUUGAGCAGGGAUUUUCCAUCUGGGUCUUUGGUUUAAAGACUGUAUACUCUUGGGUUUCUUCUUCGUCUUCUGAAAGUUUGUUUCUUUUUCUCCAUGAAUAUGGCUGGUUAUCAUCAUUUUGACCAUGGUGAUGCUCAUCUUCCUCCUGGCUUUCGUUUCCACCCAACUGAUGAGGAACUCAUCACCUACUACCUCCUCAAGAAGGUUAUGGACAGCAACUUCACCAGCCGAGCCAUUGCCGAAGUUGAUCUCAACAAAUGCGAGCCAUGGGAGCUUCCUGAGAGGGCGAAGAUGGGAGAGAAAGAGUGGUACUUCUUCAGUCUCCGUGACCGGAAGUACCCAACUGGCCUGAGAACCAACAGAGCCACGGAGGCCGGAUACUGGAAGGCCACCGGGAAAGACAGAGAGAUUUACAGCUCCAAGACCUCUGCUUUAGUGGGCAUGAAGAAGACUCUGGUUUUCUACAGAGGCAGAGCUCCCAAAGGAGAAAAAAGCAACUGGGUCAUGCACGAGUAUCGCCUUGAGGGCAAAUUUGCAUACCAUUACCUCUCCCGAAGCUCCAAGGUCUAUCUUCUACACUCUCCAUAAUCCACUUUCUGGGGUUUUUGAACAGUUACGGUUCUUGGUUGUUAAUCUUCAGAAGAAGUUAAGUUUUUCAAGUUAUGAGCCUUUCAGAUAACUGUUACCCGUACAUUUUUGCUUCCUCAACAUAGCUACAAAUUGCUCUGGCAAAUGGUUAAGGAUAGACCAGCUUCUGGGGUGGUUAUGGUUUUCUUUACUGCUUAUCCCAUACAUGCAUUUCACAUAAAUGGUAAAUGUCUUU